CUCCUCUCCGCACUGUGCGCCUGCGCCGACAGCGGAGGGGGGCGGGGCGAGGCUUAGGCUCCGCCUCCCUCCUCCGCCCGCGUCGUCGUCAUAGCGACGGCGGCUGCGCGGCCUGCGGGGAGGCUGCGGCGGCACAGCAGCGAUGGGGGCUGCGCUCUCCCUCUCCGCCGGCAGCGCUGCCCCCCGGCAGCAGAGGAAGGCUGGCGGCGACGACGACGACGACUUGCUCGACAGCCGGGACCGCAAGGAAGACAUCGCCAAGUUCCCCUACGUGGAAUUCACGGGGCAGGACAGCAUCACCUGCCCCACCUGCCAAGGCACUGGCUGCAUUCCCACGGAACAGGUAAACGAGUUGGUGGCUCUCAUACCCUACAGCGACCAGCGGCUCCGCCCGCAGAGAACGAAGCUCUAUGUCCUGCUGUCGGUGCUGCUCUGCCUCCUGAUAUCAGGCCUGGUCGUUUUCUUCCUGUUCCCCCACUCCGUCCUGGUGGAUGACGGUGGCAUCAAAGUGGUUCGAGUCUGGUUUGACAAGAAGAACUCCGUCGUCAUUCUUGCCAUCACGGCCACCUUGCGGAUCAGGAACUCCAACUUCUACUCGGUGACGGUGACCAGCCUGACCAGCCAGGUGCAGUACAUGAACACCGUGGUGGGAAGCCAGCAGAUCACCAACGUCUCCAGCAUCCAGCCCCUGAGCGACAAACUGGUGAAUUUCACGGUGAAGGCGGAGAUGGGCGGACCUUUCUCUUACGUGUAUUUCUUUUGCACGUUUCCCAAGGUGAAGGUGCAUAACAUAGUCAUCUUCAUGAGGACAUCGGUGAAGCUCUCGUACAUCGGGCACGUGACGCAGAGCGCUUUGGAAACCUACCACUACGUCGACUGCAGCACCAACUCCACGGCUGCCCCGGAUCCGCUGCCUCUGCCAGCCCCCUCGACGCAAGGCGCGGCCAAAGUCAAGAGCAAGCCCUGAGCUCGCUGCCGCUGUUCCCUGUGAGCGCAGAGGGGUUCCCCCUGUGAAAUCCGUAGCUGUAGAAAGGACUGGACAUUUUCAAACGGAAGCGGAAGGGAUUGUGACUGACUUUGGGGGAUACCUGAAAGCUCUGGGUCCCUCCUGCACUCUUUGGCAUGCAGCUGGGCUGCACUGCUGGCCUGUCCCCCAAAUCCACUUCGGGUGUUGUUCGUGUGCAGGCAGACGGGUCCCUUCCAGAGUAAGGGGCCUGCCGGGCCUGCCUUCCUCUUCGGUUCCAAAGAACUGGGUUUUGGGUAGGGAAACUGGACUCUCAAGCUCUGUGCUUUGUGGUCCAAGGACUUAGAGUUGAGUUUUGCAGCUGUUCUGAAGCUUAGCACUGUACCCCGUCCUUCCAGAGCAAACUGACGAGUUCUGAGCAAUUAAGUUACUCCAGUUUUGCUCAGUGGCAGUGUGUCACUGGCAUGUUUCAAAGCAGAACUUGAUUUAAAAAACAAAAAAAAGGGAUGAAGCUUUGCCAGGAAAUCACAGGCAAGGCGUUCAGGCUUUCACCUGUGUAACUUGCACUAGGAGGAGGAAAAGGAACGGAAACCAGCAGGGCACGCUUUCUCCCUUGCACAGAUUUUGCUUUCUGGCAGCUGAGGCCGCCUGCAGCGACCCGACACCAAACGCCGCGGCCCUAUUGAAGGCUGCUGCUCGGUGUGCACGGGGCGUUCGGCAGCUGGGGGGGUCUCUGGUGUUUGAAGCUGGGGAAUGCACAGCUCAGGGCUGCUUUGUACUCGUGCCUGCUGCAGAUUUAAACUGAUUUGGUGGAAGGUGGGGGGGGGAGUUUCUUGUUUCAAAGGCUCACCUCGCAGGAGCCAGGCAGUCUCGAAGGACGGUAAAGCAAAUAAAUCCGAUGUGAAAGCUCAGCCUGCCGCAGUUCUGCAGGCUUCUUGCCCCAUUUGCAGCUUGGAGGGUUUCAUUCUGCUUCUGCCCUUUGUAGUUCUUCUGGAACCCGAUCACUGCAGCCCCCCGCGUUUCCUCUCUGCACGCACCUACGCCUUUCUCCAGCCCUCUGUCGGAAGCGAGCGCGUGGAAGCAAGGCACAGGCAAAAGCUGUAAGGGAAGGGGGUCUGGUAUUUCUCAAUGAAGGACGCUUUGUUUUGGGAGAGUGUGAAAUAAAAAUACCCUCUUGUUUUCUAA